AUGGCGGAGGAGAAGACCUUCCGUUACGGGUUCAUCAUCUUGGGUUUCUUCCUGGUGAUGACGGGAAUUUUCAUCAUGAGUGUGGAAAAGCCCCACAUCUACAUCACCUUCUGCGUCCUGGGUGUGAUGCUCGUAGCCGUGGGCAUCACCUGGAGCAUGUGCCAGUGCUACCCAAAGAUAACAUUCAUUCCUGUGGACCCUGAGGCUGAGCGGUUCCUGGACCACAAACCCACGGUGCUGCCACAGAAGGACAUCGGCUUGGUUGCUCCCUGCCCUGACCAAGAGGCCACCAGCACCUAUGAGAAGAGCCUGCCAUCCUAUGAGCAGAUCCAGAAGCAGGCAGUGGGCUCAACUCCACUCCCACCCACGGCACAGCCCAGAUCCCACAGCUGGUCCCAGUCAGCAGUGCAGGCCAAAGCAGAGGUCCACCGGGAGCUGGGGGGUGCUGGACACCCCCCACAAGACCUGACACCUCAUCUGGAAACAGUGGCAGGCAGCUGCCCCCCUUGUCCAGCGCCGGGGGAUGCACCGCUGGCAUCCCUCCUGGAGGAGAUGGACACACCAUCACUGGAGGGCUCCAUGCCCGGCACCCCCACGCCACAGAGCCGGACUCUGCCAUCCACUGCUCGCUCUGGCUGCACCCUGACCAGCUCCCCAGUGCGGGGACAGCACUCCGGAUCCCCCCACAAAGGCACUGGGGAGGAGGAUGACCUUUAUUAUGGGCUCCAAGAGGAGCCAGAUGCUCUGCUCAAGGACAGUGACUGCGUUUUUGAGCCUGAAAACUGAUUUCCCAGAUAAAAUGACCACUUGGCAUGGACUUAUCUCACGGAGGGGAUGCAAACAUCACGGCCUGGAGGAAAGGCGAUGCCCCCAAAAGUGCAGCGCCGGCAGCACAGAAGGUCCCCCAGGCUUCUGCACCCCUUGGACACACCCAGCCUUUCUGGAGGCUUUCAUUCCCCCAAAACUCAAAUGGGGGACUGCCGCCUCCUGAAUUCCAGGGCAUAUAGGACAAGGCCUCCCUCGCUGGAGCCCUUUGGAUGGGCACAGAGAAGCUGGGCUGGGCAGGAUCUGGGAGAAAUACUGUGCUUGGGAAGGAAAAGCAUUAGUUUUGCUGCUUGGAACAGGAUCAAGUUUAGGUGGGUAAAGAUGUGCUCACACCAGGUGGGCUUGAUGAGGCAGAGAUGUCCUCAAAGUCAUUCUCCCACUUAUCCAAGCUCCCCUGAAAUUAAAAUCAGAUCCUGAGACUCCUGCAGCAGG